CACGACUAAACGACUAAACAACAACAACAACAACUAACUAGAGAGGAGAUGAAGCUCUUCUUGAGCUUUGAGGACUGACCCAUCUCAACAUAACAUUGAUAAAGGACAUUUAAAAUUCUUUGUUAUUCUGAGCAUUGCAGUUAACAAACUGUAAUAAAAAGAAUGUUUGCCUGAUCAUCCUGGGAGCCUGUAGAAGCGAAGACACUGAGAGCAGAUGAGAUCAAGGCAGUGACUGGUUGGCUUUCUCUACUUCCUGCUCCCAAGGAUUAUUGCCAGAUUGCUGUGGAGAUGAAUGGAGAACAGCAGCAUGAGACAGAUGCAGGAUCAGGUGUGGAAGAAGCAGAAUUCAAUUGGGAGGAGUAUUUGGAAGAUACAGGAGCAACAGCAGCACCUCAUGGCUCGUUUAAACACGUGGACACUAGCCUGCAAAAUGGCUUUGCACCAGGCAUGAAACUAGAGGUUGCUGUCAAACCUGGCCCUGAUACAUACUGGAUUGCUACAAUCAUUACCACUUGUGGGCCAUUACUGCUAUUGCGAUAUGAUGGGUAUGGAGAGGACAGGAAGGCAGACUUUUGGUUUGACAUCAUGACAGCUGACUUGCAUCCAAUUGGGUGGUGUGAGCAGAACAAGAAGACUCUCAAAGUGCCUGAAGGCAUCAAAGAUAAAAUUUCUAACCAGGAGGAAUUCCUUCAGCAGACUCUGAAAGGAGCAUGCAGUGCUCCUGCCACUCUUCUAGAAGGUCUCCAUCGAGGGAAUAAUCCCUUGGAUCUCAUUGCUCCCGGUUCAAGACUAGAAUGUCAGCACUUGAAUGAUUCUCUAGGAGCUUGGAUAGUCAAUGUUUUGGAAAAUGUUGGUGGAAGGCUCAAACUACGUUAUGAAGGACUUGGAGAUUUAGAUCAGUGUGACUUAUGGAUGUUCUAUUUGGAUCCCUUUCUCCAUCCAGUGGGCUGGGCAACUCAACAAGGAUACACCCUUGAACCUCCACUAGCUGUUAGGCAUUUGAAGACUGAAGCAGAAUGGCAGGAUAUCCUAGAAAAAAUAAAAGAGGAGGAAGAAGAAUCUUUGGUUCCCACUGAUCUGUUUAAGGACAAACCUGUUGUUGGAAUUCAUUCGUUCUCUGUCAACAUGAAGUUAGAAGCUGUUGAUCCCAAAGCUCCUUUCGUCAUCUCGCCAGCCACAGUUACAAAGGUGUUCAAUGAUAAAUACUUUUUGGUAGAAAUAGAUGAUUUGCGACCAGAAUAUACCACAAGCCGGUCUUACGUCUGUCAUGUCAACAGUCCUGGUAUUUUCCCUGUGCAAUGGAGUCUAAAAAAUGGCUUGCAUCUCAGCCCUCCACCAGGUUAUCCUGGGCAAGACUUUGACUGGGCAGAUUAUCUCAAGCAGUGUGGAGCAGAGGCUGCUCCCCAAAGCUGUUUUCCCUCGCUGACUUCUGACCAUGGCUUUAAGGAGAACAUGAAACUUGAGGCAGUAAACUCACAAGAUCCUGAAGAAAUUUGUGUAGCUACUGUUACAAAGGUGAAGGAUUCCUAUCUCUGGCUACAGCUGGAAAGUUCUAAAAUGCCAGUCCCUGAAUGCAUAGUGAGUGUGGAAUCUAUGAAUAUAUUUCCAGUAGGCUGGUGUGAAACAAAUGGAUAUCAGCUUAGACCUCCUCGCAGGGCAGUAGUGAACAAGGAAAAGAAAAUUGCAGUGGUCCAACCAGAGAAACCAAUAUUAUCCUCAAGAACUGUCCAUGAGGGACUAAAGAGCCAGGAACUGAACUCCGCUGAUACCGUUGUAACCAAUGGUAAAUACUGCUGUCCAAAGAUCUACUUUAAUCAUCGCUGCUUCUCAGGGCCAUAUCUUAACAAAGGUAGAAUUGCAGAACUGCCACAGUCUGUGGGACCAGGAAACUGUGUCCUUGUUCUUAAAGAGGUUCUUUCUUUGCUGAUCAAUGCUGCCUAUAAACCUAGCCGUGUCCUUAGAGAAAUACAGCUGGAUGAGGAAGCUGCAUGGCAUGGAUACGGAGAGACCCUGAAAGCAAAGUAUAAAGGAAAGAGCUACCGUGCCACAGUGGAAGUUGUGAGAACAGCUGAUCGAGUCGCAGAGUUCUGCAGGCAGACCUGUAUCAAACUUGAAUGUUGUCCAAAUCUCUUUGGCCCCCAAAUGGUGCUAGACAAGUGUUCAGAGAACUGCUCUGUUCUGACAAAAACCAAAUACACCCAUUAUUAUGGGAAGCGAAGAAACAAAAGGAUUGGCCGUCCACCAGGUAUCCACAGCAACACAGAGACAAGCAUGAAGAAGGCAAGCAGGAAAAGAAAGAAACGGAAAAACUUCUUUGUUCAUAAGAAGAAACGCUCUUCUACCUCUGUAGAUAACACACCUGCUGGCUCACCCCAGGGCAGUGGGGGUGAAGAGGAUGAUGAUCAGGAUGACAUAGAUGAAGAGUCCCUGACGGAAGACAGCACCUCUGAGCACCAGGAGGAACUGCUUGAAGAGUCUGAAGUGUCAGAAAAGAAAUCGCGGUCAUCCUCCCCCACACAGAGCGAGCGAUCCCAUUUUGGAGCUCAGGACCGGGACAAACGGAAAAGGAAACUACGCGCCUUUUCUUUCUCAGAUGAUGAAAAUAAGCCUCCUUCACCAAAGGAAAUAAAGAUAGACGUUGGAGAAAAGCUGCAGCUGGACAGCAACCCUCUGGAGUGGAGUGUAGCUGAUGUUGUGCGGUUCCUCAAAUCUACAGACUGUGCCCCAUUAGCUAGAAUAUUUCUGGAUCAGGAAAUAGAUGGACAGGCGCUUCUCCUGCUAACUCUUCCCACUGUUCAGGAGUGUAUGGACUUGAAACUUGGCCCAGCCAUUAAACUUUGCCAUCACAUUGAAAGGGUUAAAUUUGCCUUCUACCAACAGUUUGCUAACUAAAGGGAGGGGGUGAUAAGUUGGAAAAUGAAUUUUUAAAGCACAACUGCAGCAUCCUACUCUUCCUUCAACAGGGUGAGGCAAGGAAGGUCAGACGGAAACUGCUUAUAAACUGGCGUUUGCAGUCUUGCACUUUGAGGGGAGGGGGGAAAAUACUUGGAGCAAAACAUUAAUGCAAUCCCAGCUAUUUUCACAGCUGUCUAUUGGCUUAAGAAUGUAGUAGUCGCUUGUUCUGUACAUCAGGACUUUUUUGAUUAAUAAAGGUGGUUGUAAUCUCUCCUCUAAGGGGAGAAAAAUUUCCUGUAGUUCUGGUCUGAAAUGGACAGACUUGGCAGCACAUGGAAGGGAAUGCCGAUUGAUGGAAAUCUCCUUGCCAUUUGCAGAACUACUUCAUAUUCUUUGUCUUAAACAUAAUUUUUAAAACAUUAAUAUCGCUGAUUGCCAAGAUAAGUGGUGUGGCCAAAAGCUUGAAAACUGAAGUGCAGCCAGAUGUUUUUUGUUUGUGAUUUUUAUUUUGGAACUUGCUUUCUACCUCUACAGCCUGGGGGGAAAAAAAGCUAUGAGGGAAUUACAUUUUUCGGGGAAGGUCAUAUAUGGCUAUGCAACAUGUGCUUUUCUGCAGUCAAAAUAGGAAUGCCAACAUUUUUUCACCUGACAAGAGGUCCUGGGCCUCCAAAAGUUAUCUGAAAGUAACAGAUUCAAAAAGUUAGAGCUGUUUGUCAUGGAGAGGGAGUGGUGGUGAAGUUUGUGCCUGACAGAAUUUCUGCCUGCCAUGCUGCUGGUCAAGGCACGGAGAGGACAAGUUUUGGGAAUUGUAGAACAGGAGGUUUGAAUGUUAACAUAUGGCUCUGCUUUACAGAUAAGCUGCAACCUAAUUUUUUAUUACUUUUUAUUUUUUACUGAAAGCUGCACAGAAAUAUUGACACUUUAGUAUAAUUUCUCUUUUUGAAAAUAUUUACUAGAAUAUUGCAUGGUAUGAGAUUGGGAUUAAGUCUUCUCGUAUUCUCAUUUGUUUUUGGAAAUCGACCUUGCAUCUGUAGAGGAAGAACGGACAGAAAUGUUGAGCUCCUAUCAAUUCUCCAAUGUUUAAAGGGUUUCUCCAGAAAAUUGUAGUUGUUUUGUAAAUGCAUGGGUGAAAUGUCGUCUUCCCUCUUCUAUCUUAAGUAUAUAACAGAAAUGAUUUGUGAUGUCCUUUUUGUUGGACAGUUCAUGCAGCCUGUACUGUGUAUACACCUUAAGAGAUGGGGUUCAUAGUUCUCUACAUAACUUUGUGUGUUUAUGUAGAGGCAAUUCAACUAUGGUCAACUUAAUAAUGUGCUAGCUAAUGCUUAUCUAUACAGCAACUUCCCACAACUGCAACAACUAACUGUUGGUGCACACUGCUGAACAAUUACAGGUUUUGAUUUCUGCAGAGUGAAUCCAGCUUCGCUGGGAUCCAGCCAUGCACCAAAUGGGCUUCUGCACCCAUUAUAUGUGUCUGUUAAAUUUGAAGUAUAUCCGCGUCACUGGAUCUUUUUGAUAUUCACAGUUUGAAACAUUGUCUUCCUGCAGAGUCACGUUCCAGGAUAUAUAUGAGUGCUGUUUAGGAAGAGGGUUGUAUGGUGUCUUAAAAGAAAUGAAUAACCUUCCUAGCUUUAUGAGACCCUAGAUAAGAGUAUGGAUGCAGUGAAUGAUUACUCAGAGCUUUCAUACUUCAGGUUUCAACCAAAGUAGGUUUAGUACAUUAAAUGCUGUGUAAAUGAGCAUAUGGACCAAGUUUGCAAUUACAUUUAUAUAUUGAAAUGAGUGCUAUUCAACUGGUCCAUUUAUUUAUGAGAAAUGCACUUGUAUGUGUUGGUUUGAAUGCCUCUCUCUGGCAUUGGGCGGGUGGGGUGGAUCCAGGUUUUUUCAUUAUCCAGCUUCAGUGCAUCUUUUGCUUUAUUAAAAAGGUAACUAUUGGAUACCUUUGGGGGGGAAUCAAAAAUCAUAAGAAUGGCAUAUGUACAAAUCUUGUAUGUCUUGAGAUUUUCAGAGUUUUUAAAGUAAAACUUUCAUACUCCAUGCAUUGCUGUAAAUAAGCCAACUUACGUUUCAGAAGCCAAUGGAGUAGGUGCUGGCUAUCUGUGAUAUAUUUAUAAGCUAAUAUUUCUGCCCUACUUUAGGAGUUUGAUCCCAGUGGGAUCCAUUUAGGGGCUGUCAGAAAGAGAGAUGCUUUCCAUUGUUUGUUACUUUAAGUCAUUUCUAUGCAACACAUGAGUAGUUGUAUACUUCAUUUCUUGAGCCAAUUCAAGCAUAUCUUGUGGGCUGAAUUUGAAGCCGUCUGCAAAGCAUUCAUCCCCUAAGUAGCCCUGGAAUAUUUUCCAACUUCAGGGAAAUGUAACCUCAUCUACAAACCCUUCAUUUCUUUCCAUUUACUGCCCAAAUCAGUUCAAUUGGAAGCUUAUCUGACUUAAUGCUGUUAAAACUUCAAAAGCUUCUUGUGCUACUGUAGUAGAGUGGGAGAGAGUCUGAAAAGUUAGAUAACGUUGUGUAUUUUAACUAUGCUAAUGACAUUCUUACUAGGAUAAAGUACAUGUGUCCAAAGCAGAGAGUGAGAAAAGAUAAACAUAAUAGUUAGAUCUCUGGGGGCUAGUUGCUAUACAAUGACUACAUGAAAAUAAAUUUAUAGGUACUCUUAUUAAACAACAUAGGUUUUCCACUUGAUUGGCUUUUGGGGGUGGGAAACAGCAGCUUAUAAAUCUAUUGUCAAAAGAAAUUCAGUACAUAAUUUUGGUUUACACUCAAAGGUUCUAAGUUGCAUCCUGUUAACUGGCACAGCUAUCUAAUAAAACCGGAGAUAGUUGAGAAAGUUCUGGUCUAAUUUUACUUGGCAUAGCUACCACUUCUAUAAUGCUAGAAACUUGAAAGGAGGUGGGAAGCCUGUGCCAUGAAGGGCUUAUUCCAGACUCUGAAAGAGACAAGGGUUGGGGUGGGGAAUGACAGUGCUUUAAAAUUUAUGUACCUGCCAUGCAACUGCCAAUCCUGUUAAGAGAAUGGAAACCUUGUUAGUCCUUUCACAAACCCACCUCUGAAAGGACUAACCAGAGGUGGGUUUUUAGCUACCCUUGAUCUAGCUAGCAUGCCUAUGCUGGGUGUGGCCACCCCAUGGUGUCUUGCACAAAUCUGCAUGCAAGCACAAAGGGCACUCUCUCAAACCUCUACAGCCAUUCCAUCAAUGUGUCUAAUUUAUAAAUGUUUCCCUUUUUUCUGCCACUGCCAUAAAAUUGCCUUGAUGGAGCUGGUGAGACACCUGGACCCAGAGGUUAGCCACGAAUGCUUUACAGUAAGGUAGAAUAAGUUGAAUACUAAAUCUAUAGCAGUGUGUCAAUUCGGGUACAAUACCAGGAGCAAAGGAUUUUGCAGGCCUCCCUAUCUACAGGCUAAGAAGGAAGUCAGCAUUCGGAACCCCUCUACCAGCAGCCACAGGUAGGACUGGGAUCUUUGCCCCUCUACCAUUGGUGCUUCAGCAUCAGGGGGAAACGGGAUGGAUCAGGAUCCAAGGUCCUCCUGUUCUCCCAACACACCCCUUGGAUGCAGUAUGGUCCUGGAGCAUCUGAUUCUAGUGAGACCAGCAGGGCUUGGCAUCUGGCAGUGCUGCUUCCAGAGACCCUUCUCUUCCCCCUCCUCCAUUCUCAUUGGAUGACUCUACCCUUUAGUGAAAUGAGCACACACUUUUUGUCUGAUUUGCAGAUACUUUUUACGUAUUACUAGCCAAAGCCUAAUCAGCUCAAAAAUUUGUCUUGUUGGAGAAUUUUGCAUGCCAGAUUACCUAGGCAGUGCACAUCUUCACAUCAGCCGCUUUCUUUCUGCACACAUUGUGAAGCUUUAUGAAUUCAUACCGGAGUGUUGCCAAAAGUAAAACAAUGUUUUAAAUAAGGCUUUUGUUGCGAUUUUCAGUUUUGCCUAAGAUUUUGUCUACUGUGAAAGUAGUAUCUGAAACACCAAGAUUUGCUAAGCACAAAGGGACUUGCCAGAAAACCUCAUAAGUGUAAAUUUUGACACUGUGCUGAGAACUCACGCUGGUAUUAACUUUCCCUAAAUCAUUCAUAUAUGAACUUUGUUGUCAAAGGUAGCCUUUUAACCAUGAGGCUAGAAUGGGGUUUGAGCAUGCAAUUUUAAAAGCUCAUUAUAUAAUCCAUUAUAUAAACCAUAGAUCCAAACCCAAAAGCGGGUAAGGUGGGAGUAACUUUCCCACCCCUCUUCUCUCCAGAGGAGCCCCACUGAAAAUGUACUAGGAAUGCUGCAGAAUUGGGGUAUGAUGUGCUGAAAGGGGAAGUAAUAGAAUAAUAGGAAAAAAAGAUGCUCCAAGCAGAUGCUACCAUUACAGGUGUGUCUGCCCAUUUUUUUCCGCAGAAAGAAGUCUCCUUCUGCCCACCGCCUUUCAUGGGUAGAUCUCUGGAUCACUGUGUAUGCAGUAAGCUAACCCACUGCAGGCUGGAUUAGUAGCUGAUGAGAUCUGUAGUGAACCUUGCUAGUGUGAAUUCCUUUCUGAAAAGGAUCAAAAUUGGAGACACUAGAAGUACAGCAGUUAUUUAUAUUAGUUACUUGCUUGUUAGAAGUUCGACCUAAUUAUUGCACUGCUGCUGACCAGAUUAAAUUACUUAAAAGAAUAAAAUCAAGAUUGAACCAUGGAAUGCAGCACAUUACUUCCUCCAGACUCUAGAAUGAAAUGCAAUGUUCCACUGACUUGUCUUAAACUUCAGGUGUGUGGAAACUGGAAUUACCAGAACUUUGGAACUUCAAGUAAUGAGUUGAAGUGAUUUUUUUAAAAAAAUCUGUGAAGAACUUACUCCUUUAACUGCAACUCCUAAGAAACCUUAAGUACUAUCUGUAUAUCACAGAGGCUUCAUGUUUGUCAGCUUCUGCUGCUGUUACCUAAUCAGCCAGUCCACUCUCAUACAGGACUGCACACAGAUUUUUCCAUUGACCUCUGAACCAGUUCUGUUAGUGUUUAUAGACAAUCAGAAAUCUCUUGAAAGAGCCUUCUAGGGCAGGUACUGCCAGCAUAUAUGUAGAUCUGUUUUGUUGUAAUAAAUCAUUGAACAUGCACUUUCCCUGCUUUGUUCUUUCUUUUUUAAAAAAAUAAUUAAAUAUGUAUAUUGUGUUGUUCCUCCUGCUUGCUGUAUUUUUCUUUGAUUUAAUAUAUAUAAAUUAUAUGUGUGAACUGAGGGUAAAAUUCAAAAAUGGAGAAAUAUGCACAUAAAAUAUGCCUAUUGAAGAUCCUCCUUUACUGGAUAGAUGUAUCAGUUAAAGGGUUAAAAUAUUUUAAAUGGAUUAUUUUGCUUGUUUUUUUCUGUAAAUGAAUGUACAUAAUUUUGUGGUACUUCAUGACCGUUUAAAGUGAUUGUAAGUAAAUUUUAAAAAAUA